CCUCGAGGGUGGCAGAACGAUGUCGCAUGUGUCCCUGGCGACUUACUCCCCUCCUGGCAGGUUGAAAUGCCGUGGUUCGCAUCAUGGCAAAAAUUUCUGUUUGAGAUAUUAGAUCAAUUGUGAGAAGCGUUUAUCUACUCUUGUUGAACCUGUACAGCAGAGCGCAGCAUGCAUUGACCAAAAGACCCCCUAUAUGUAUAGAACGCAUCAUGGCUCGUGAUCUCGAAGCAGCCAUGCCAACUCCCGGACCUUAUCCUCAGUGAGAAGCUUCUCCAUGUCUUCCGGAGUCAGGAAAUCAUGGUCUGCCACUUCAAACCCCGGCACGACAGUCUCGGUUAUGAGCAAACCUGAAGGUUCACCUCCUUCUCCAUCGCCAUCCGGUAGGAGAUAGCUCGCCUUAUAGUCGCCUCCCUCGACAACCCACUGCAACCGCUCCCCGCGGUCAAUACCCUGCCCGACAACAAACGACUCAAUCGACGCUUUUCCUCCCUCACACGCUGCCCUAUCAGCAUGAAUAACGACGUACCUCCCCCGACCGCGGUGCAGCGUGUGCACCGUGCGGCUGCGAUUGCGAUGAAAUGCCCCCCGGGGCGAGCGGGGUGUGAUCAAGUAGAAGAUUGAAGUGCUUGCCGCUCGUGUUCUAUCCUCAUCGUCGCCGUCGCCCUUUUCCGGAGGAUUGCUCUUGAUUUCGGUAUUUAUGCCGAGGAUACUGUCGUUGUGCUUGUUUAUACUAUGGACAUUUUUGCUGUCAUUAUAGUACGGGUUUGCGAUCCGGAGCGGGUUGCGAUCGGUUUUUAUGAAAUACCCACCUUCAGGAUGUGGGCUGAGGCCUAGUGUUGAGAUGAGGUGUUGCGUUGACGACGACUCGGUGGAGGGGUUGCUAGGGCAGGGUAUUGGGGUUGGGGGAUAAAUCGGUUUUAUGCUUGGGAGGGGGGUAUCAAGUGUCAUUUUCCUGCAAUAGUAUGAUAAUCUUCUACAUUGCUUGAUAAGGGCAGUCUAGUAUGUAGGUUUUUAUACAGCCUCUCAAAAGCAGACUGCGUCAGUCAUCGUCAUUGUGCCAUUGCAGUUAGAUUAUCCACUUUGACCCAUCGUUUAACUGAAUUAGGCCCCGUAGUUGCUGGGUCUGCUCGCGUGGUCAGUAGAUAGAUAUCGCAGCUUCAACUGGAGUUCUAUACACUGAAGUUCUUUUGAAGCGAAAGCAGCAGCGAAGAGAUCGAUUGACACUUGGGCUUAUUACUGGGAUGAUGAUGGCUUAGGAGCGGGAGGCCCAAGUAGAUUAAUAAAUCCAUCCACUGGGGAGGAUGCCAGGAAUCUUCCCACGCGCCUCCAAAUCCCCGCUUCUCUCCUCAGCCUCCUUCUCCUUCUUCUCCUCCCCUCUGCGAAACAGUACGUGUUGCUGUCCUCGAUUUUUGUUUCUCUUCUUGUUGCUGGAGUAGUUGUUGUUGGUGCUUUCGUUUGCAGCUUCAGAUGGUUGUCUCCACCUGUCUUAUCAGACGUUUGUGAGUGAUCAUCCUCACACCCUCCGCAUCCUCCGCACUUUCUCUCCCGCACUCUUGAAGCCGUCGCCAUUGCCUUUUGCGACGCAUGGCACGCAAAUUAAGCCAUCAGAGGGUCACCUAUGUGCUCCCUCCACCUGAUGCCCCCGGUGGUCAUCGACUAGGUGUCAAUGGCUUAGCGAUCGACUCGGCAAAUUCCACCCUGUACUCAGGCGGUCGCGAUGGAGUCAUCUGCUCGUGGGACCUCGAUCUUCCCUCCCUUACCUCGCCUAACGCUCAGAAACCCGGUCCUACGAAGUUUCGGAACCAGAUUCAAGCACACACCCAUUGGAUCAACGACAUUGUGUUAGUCCAGAACAACUCCGCCCUCGUGUCUGCUUCGUCCGAUACCACUGUGAGGCUAUGGCGACCCUCUUCCGAAUCUACAGAUGUGCCCCAGUCGAUCGGUAAACAUACGGACUACGUCAAAUGUCUUGCGUCUCCAAGCCCCCAUUCCACCUGGGUUGCGUCCGGCGGCUUGGAUCAUAAAGUAAAUCUGUGGGAUCUUAAUGGAAAGGGCCAGAUCCUCAGCAUUGAUAACUGUGGUGGAACCAAGACGACAAAGGGCUCGGUUUACGCUUUGAGUGCUGUGCCUUCUAUCGUCGCUAGUGGUGGUCCAGAGAAGCUCGUGAGAGUCUGGGACCCCAAGUCGGGAAAGGCGAUCACAAAGUUCGUGGGACACACGAAUGUGGUUCGGGAUAUCUUGAUCAACCGUGAUGGAGACACUAUCAUGACCGCCUCGUCUGACCAAACCGUCAAGAUCUGGUCUCUGACGGCUGGUAGAUGCAUGCACACCCUGACUAUGCACAACGACAGUGUCUGGUCGCUUUACUCAGACCACCCCCAGCUCUCCGUCUUCUAUUCUAGCGAUCGCUCUGGCCUGGUUGCCAAGACUGAUACGCGCAAUGUUUCUGAUAUUGAGCAGGGUAUAUGCGUGGCAGCUCUCCAGGAGCAUGAAGGUGUGGUCAAAGUCGUGGCAGCGGGCGACCAUAUUUGGACUGCAACUCCUAAGUCCAGUAUCAAUCGCUGGAGCGACAUUGAUACGACUGCCGAAAUCGAUGCUCCGAAAGAGCGUAGCGCAUCGUCAGAGUCUACCGAAACGAAAUCGGACGAUAAGUCAGCGCCAAAAGGAAGGCCUGGUAAGAUACCGUAUGAGUCGCUUCUACUACUCUCAACCACGUCUACUCUUCCUAGCUCGCGUCUACCCGAAAGCUUUGCUCGUUCUACCGCGGACGGUCUCCCCUCGUCGCCACGUCCAGACCUUGAUGAUGAUUUGGGUCUCCCAAUUCCGGCCUAUGCCCUGCCCGAAGAGACAGUUGAGGGUCAGCAUGGAUUGAUUAAACACUUCCUUCUAAAUGAUAGGAAGCGCACUCUGACUCAGGAUUCUGCUGGCGAAGUCGUCUUGUGGGAUCUACUUAAGUGCGUACCGAUCAAGUCGUUUGGUAAACGCCAUAUGGACGAUGUUGCAUCAGAGGUCAACACUGUUGAGAGCGUUGCCCACUGGUGCUCAAUCGAUAUUAGAACUGGAAGACUGUCGGUGAUCCUCGAACCCGGCCGGUGCUUCGAUGCAGAAAUUUACGCAGAUGAGGCCGACCUAGCAGACACUUCCGAGGUCCGCGAAGACCAACGCUUAAAUCUGGGGAAGUGGAUUCUACGUUGGCUCUUUGCUCCGUUGAUUGAUGAAGAGACUAAGCGUGAUGCUGAAUACCGCGCCGAGGCUAUAGCCAAAGCUGAAGAACUGGCCAAACUGCACAGCGAAACUGCGCCGGUGGAUAUUCCUGGUAAAUCGCUGACUCUUCCCAUACCCUCAGACCCCGUACACGGACAAUCCCUAGGUAGCCCUACUACACCUGGAUAUGGAAUUGGCUUUGCGACAACUCCCGGUUCUUUGACAUCGUCGGUCCUCAAUCCUGCUGUUGGUAGCCAUAACAUGGGCACGUCUCCUGGAGAGUCGUCCGAUUAUUUGAUGUCGCACCAGGGUGCCGAUAUGGCCAGAAGCUCGAUGUCUGAUAGAUCGAGCGACUACUUUUCUUCGCCCAAGACACAUGGCCCUGUGGACGCGGAUAAGCCGUUGCCGACUCCCGGAGAGCAGACUCCCACACCUACACAGACAUUCGGAGAACCUGACAAGGAAGAGCGCAAAAAGGGCGGCUCACUCUUUGGCAAGAAAUUCCGCAUGGAUUUUCCCAAGAAACUGGGCCGCACCUCGUCCGAGGUCAAGCCGCAGAUUCAGGAAGAGAAAGUAGAGGAGCCCGAACCCUCGUCGGUCAAGGAAGAGAAGGUGUUCGAGAGUAGCCUCAGUGGUCUGAUCGAGCGCACUCGUCACGAGUAUGAGGAGUUUCUCUCAACUCACCAGGGACAGGAACUUGCUUCGGCAUUAACGCCUAGCCACCCUAGCGAGACGCCUGUGUUGGAUAUCCCGCCUCGCACAGUCGUCUUUAUUCAGGAGGAGUCCGGUGAUUCGGUUGUUGCUUCGGACCUUUACAGAGGACCCAUUGAGAAUAUCAGCCAGGAUAUCGACAAACUUGAGAAGUCAGUUCCAUUGUGGUUGGCUGAUUUGCUUCUUAAGAACCAAAUGCCCUUCAAAGAACCCGUCAAGCUUGCCUUCACUCUCAAGCCGUAUGAUGACUCGCUGCCUCCCGUCGUCAAACCAGACCCAACUGGCAUCAACGGCGCAAACAACUCCCGCUUGAAUGCAAACCGGAUGCUCCGGGCUAAGAAGAUACUCGCCUAUGUCUCGGAGCGUAUCGAGGAAGCGACUGGUGAUCCCAUGCAGGAUAUGAUGAAGCCGGAGGAGUAUCUUGAGUUGUACUGUCAACACACUCUGAUACCCUCCAACAUGACCCUCGCCACCAUCCGCGCGCAUCUGUGGCGCACCGGAGGCGACAUGGUCCUCCACUACAAAUCGAACGGCAAGAAGGAGAUUCGCCUGAUCGGUUCUCAGAAAGACAGUGGCGACAACAGGCCCACUCCCGAAGCAACACCACAGCCUGAAUCCGGUAGCGCUCCUCCCCCAACCGGCGAGGAUGCAAGCGCUUCGCAUGGCAGCACCGCUUCUGGUUCGGCUUCCGUGCAUAACACUUAGGCGUUGUGACUCGAUUCAUUGCAUAAGUGCAUCUGUUUGAGUACUACUCGAUACCUGUUUCUCUUUUUCUUUUCUUUUUUUCACCCGUCUAAUGCACGUCUGAGACGUGGCUAGCACCACAAUUCGGUCUCUCGGUUAUGGCGCUGAGUUGCGAUACCUCCCCAUGUUUUGUUCUUUCCUUUUUUUUUAGCGGCGAGAACCUUCUCUGUGUCAAGAAGGUCUAAAUCUGUAGUCUAUGAUGAAUCAAUGUCAAUACUUGUUCAACGCCUAC